AGGUGUGUUCAGUGUCAGAGCGGCUUCAGGAGCGCAGCAUCGUCUCUCUCUCUCUCUCUCGCCUGAAUUGUUUCACUAAACUCGCGCAUUUGAACAUUUUUAUUAUUUUUUAUUUUUUUUUAUUGUCCUUUCACGCGGAUACACGUUUCACGGAAAAAAACCGUUUAUGGUCCUGGCUGAAGAUUUCACGAUGUCUCGCACCGACGAGGUUCACCGCUUGACGGAAAAUGUCUAUAAGACCAUCAUGGAGCAGUUCAACCCCUGCUUACGGAACUUUGUUGCCAUGGGGAAGAACUAUGAGAAGGCCCUCGCCAAUGUGACAUUUGCAGCCAAAGGCUACUUUGAUGCUCUGGUCAGAAUGGGUGAACUGGCCAGUGAGAGUCAAGGAUCCAAAGAUUUGGGGGAUGUGCUGUUCCAGAUGGCUGAGGUCCACAGACAGAUCCAAGUGCAGCUCGAGGAGAUGUUGAAGUCGUUCCACAACGAGCUGCUCUCCGAGCUGGAGAAGAAGGUGGAGCUGGAUGCUCGUUAUCUGACUGCUGCCCUGAAGAAAUACCAGCUGGAACACAAGAGCAAAGGCGAGAGUCUGGAGAAGUGCCAGGCCGAACUGAAGAAGCUGCGCAGGAAGAGCCAGGGCAGCAAGAACCCCUCCAAGUACGGCGAGAAGGAGAUGCAGUUUGUGGAGACCAUCAGCAGUAAGCAGACCGAGUUGGACACCUUCAUCGCUGAGGGAUACAAGACAGCCUUGUCCGAGGAGCGCCGCAGGUACUGCUUCCUGGUGGACCGCCAAUGUGCCGUGGCCAAGAACAGCAGCGCCUACCACGGCAAGGGUAAAGACCUUCUGACCCAGAAGAUCCCGGUGUGGCAACAGGCCUGCUCAGAUCCCAACAAGCUGCCGGAGCGGGCCAUGCUCCUGGCCCAGCAGAUGGGUUCUGCCGCCCUCGGGGGCACGAGCCCCCUGCACUCCUCCAAAUCCAACCUGGUCAUCUCAGACCCGAUCCCCGGGGCCCAGCCUCUCCCUGUGCCCCCAGAGCUGGCUGUCUUCAUGGGCAGUGGCCUCGGACACCCAGCGAGGCUGAUGGGCCCUGAUGGUAUGUCCAUGGUCAACGGGACAACAGGAGUCCACGGGGAGGAGUACUGGACGGAUGGAGGGACCAUGUCCGUGUCCCAGGUCAGGCCUUCGUCCCCUCAGACCCAGGCACAGGGCCCAGCCCAGGCUCAGCCCCAGAGACAGGUCAGCGAUGUCUACUCCAACACCCUCCCUGUCCGCAGGCCUGCUCCCGCCAAGAACAAGAACCCCGUGGGAGAGACACGGACCCUGCCCCGGUCCAGCUCCAUGGCGGCGGGCCUGGAGAAGAACGGCCGCGCCCGUGUCCAGGCCAUCUUCUCCCACGCCGCGGGCGACAACAGCACCCUGCUCAGCUUCUCCGAGGGCGACGUCAUCACCCUGCUAGUGCCCGAGGCCCGCGACGGCUGGCACUAUGGAGAGAACGAGAAGAACAAGAUGCGUGGCUGGUUCCCGUUCUCCUACACACGUGUUCUGCCUGAGAGCGACAACGAGAAGCUCAAAGUGAACCUGCACCACGGUAAGAGCAGCAGCACAGGGAACUUGUUGGAGAACGACGGCUCGCUGCCCACACCUGACUACGGCCUGACCGCCCGGCUGCUGGCGCAGAGCCUAGCGCAGACCCGCCCACGCCCCUACAGCAUGGCAGGCUUUGGCACACAGCCUGCCAUCGAGGAUUACGACGGCCGCUUUGCCACGAGAUGAACCAAGGCAGCCAAUGAGAGGAGCAGCUGUGAAGCCUGUCGUUUCACCAUGUUUUUCUACUUUUCAUCAUUUAUUUUCACCAACUCUUUGAAACAAGGAACAUAAAUAAAACUUUUUAACAUGCAUAUUAGUAGCAUACCUCUCCUAAACAUGUACAGGCCGAAACUAUGGAAAUGAAUAAUAAAUAAAUUGCUCAAUUAAUAAGUAUAAAAUAAAACUUUCUUCUUUAUUUAUUUAAUCUGUAAUAAUUCAACUAUUUAUUUAGUUUCACAUUUUUGUGCCAUUUUAUUCAUAAAUGUAUUAAUUUUUGAAUGUAUGUAUGUAUUAUUUUAUUUAUUCAUGUAGGGCUACUGUUUUGCAAAAUGCAAAGGGAAAUAACACAGAAAUAAAUAUGUAAAAAAUGAAUAAACAAUAGAAAAUGAAGUUGUAACAUAAAUAAAUUGGGGGAAUCAAUACAAAAGUAAAUAAAUCCAGAAGCAAAUUAAAACAGAAAUAUCAAUUUAUGUCACAUAUUUUAUAGUUUAAUCAUUUCCUACAUUUAGUUUUAAUAUGAUUUAUGGUGUAUUUAAUAGCAUGCAAUGUAUUUAUUCAGAUAUUUAAUUCUUACUCUUAAUUCUUUAUUCUUCUUUUUAAUUUGCUAGUUUGAUUUUCAACUCUCAGUACAUCCUGUUCAUCCUUGCGUGACUGAACAAACGUCUACAGAUGUUUUUAGAAAAACUCUAAACGGAGUCAGAAUUUGUUCUGCAUUCUUAAGCGAGGUCUUGCUCAUAACUAAUUCACUGGCAGCUUGACACACAGUCUGAACCCACAGAGGUUCAACUGGUGAAUUAAUUAUGAGCAAGACCUCACUUAAGGAUGUGGAACAACACUUGAAAUGUUAUAAAGGGAGAAUUUCUUUCGGUAUUCCCGACUUAUAAAGGCCCAUACCGAGCAAAAUACAUUAAGUUUAUAAUUCAUGUACAACAAUUUCCUUAUUGCCUAGCAGCUUUACAAUAUGGUCAUGCAGAAUAAGGGCCCAAAAAGUGUCUUUAUAACUGCUACUAAUAUGCAUGCUCAUAAGCAUAGCAGUAAAUAUGUGUUUCCUUGUCUAAAGAGUUACCUUAUUUUCUUUUAAAUUCACAAACUAGGUCACCAACUGUGGAAGCCCUGAAAGGCAAGGGAGACAUUUCUUUUUUUUUCUGGUGCUCCAUUCUCUAAGUUUGUGUGAAAACAGAGUGAAAAAAAUCAAUUUUCACAAUGAAACAUUUUUUUUUUCACGUGUUGAGACAAUAAAAAAAAAAAAACAAUUUUCACAAGUGAUUUUUUUUUUUUUUUCCAAGAGUUAACUAAGUGUUGAUAAGAUGAAAGGCUUCCAUGUUCGUCCAGGGAAGUUUUCAUCCCUCUCCAAACCCAACAAGCACCAAUAAUAUGUUAGCAGGUUUUGUAACAUGAAAAUGAAAAAAAAAAAAA